UCAUCACUGGUGGAACCGCCGAUUCGAUACAACACAUUUGCAUUGGAACGCACAGAUGCUCCGUGGCGUGUGUGUUGCAGAUGACAUAACUAAAGGUAUGUCUGCAAAGGCCUGUGGCCUUUCCAGCUUUACAAGUGGUGCGAUGGAUGGGGGAGGCACCAAGGGCGAUGGUGACGGCCGCACUGAGAGAAUAGAAAGGUAUAAGAAGCAGCGACGGGAAGAACUCUCGAGGCAUUACAUGACAAAAUCAGCAGGUGCAUCUGAAGAGAACAGCACAACAGCUGCAAAGGCUAAAGGUGUGUUGAAGGUGGCCGAACCAGAGCUCCAUGGUGACAAGAAUGCUGCCCCAGAACGAAAGAGCGCCCCACCAAGUGUUCGAAUGACCAGGGCAUCUCGUCUUCGAGCGCUCUCCCAUGCUGCCAAUACACAGGGUGCCUCAGCCGAACAACUGUCAAAGCCAGAACUGCCACACCGUGGGGAGCGCCAAAGUUUGAGGCCCCUGGACCUGAAUGACAACAUACCUGCAAGGGCUCAAGUUUUUUGUGGUAGCAGCAAGGCAGAGAACAAAGUUGUGGCUGUGUCCGCUAAAACAAUUGCCGAAAAGAGUCCCGUCAGGCGAAAACCACCAGCAACAGCUGCGAGGCCCUCCCCUCCACGAGCCUCAAUGGGCCAGCUGCAGUCACGUCGAUCUGGUGGCUCGGGUGAUUCGAAACCGACGCACGAUGAGAAACCCCAGGCUGGUCAUGCUGUGGAAAACCAGGCCAAGAACAUCGCCGCAAAUGUGAGUCCACAGCCAAAGGUUGACAAGCAGUCGGACGCUUUAGAUACGUUUGGUGAGGAAGACGCAAGUUGCAACAGCACUUUGUCUGGGGAGGAAGAGCCCCAAGCCACUGCCUUCAACCAGCACUGCUCAGCCCUCCCAGACGUUCCAUGCAACAAGGGAGAGCAAACAUCACCAAAGGUGUUCAGCGUGACCUUUCACACAACCUCAACGUCGUACCUGCAGCCUUCUGACCAGCAGGUCCUAGUUCUAAAGGGCUUUAAUGAAGUUACAUUUGAUAAAGAAUCUUCUCAUGAGGGUGGCAUUAUUGUAGAGGCAGAACCUGAAGAACUGAAGCUUCAGAGAAAAAGUGAACGGAGUGCCUCGUUUUCAGAGUCUGUGCACGGCAUUUUAAAGGCUAACAUUAGAGAAGACGACAAACCGCGCCACUCCAUCCUGAAGAAUCGCUCAAGCAGCUCUGAAGAGAGGGACCACUCUCCUGAGCUUCACUCCAUACUCAAAAGCAAGGAGGACAUAGCCAAGCCAGAGGACACUGCCAAGCCCAAGCCAAUUCUCAAGAAGCACGAGGACACUAGCGUACACAGCGAGCCAAAACCUAUCCUCAAGCGCAAGUCUGUAGACGAGGAGGCCGAAGACCGCCUGAAGCCCAUACUCAAAAAUCAGCAGCAAAGGCGCUGGAGCCACGAACACUCCCCGGACAAAGGAGACACCAUCGUUGUUCGGAGGCGGUCGCAUUCCACGGAACUUGAAACCAAGCCUGUGCUCAGUUUUGUGGAAAGUGCCGGAAGUGCCAGUGCUGUUCGGAUUGGUACAGAACAAAAGACUGAAUUCACUAGGCUCCCCGAGUGUGUUGUGGUAGAUUCCACACAGUCGGAUCUGCAAGGGUCAGUGUCAGUGUCUAAGGUUGUGAGCUGCCCGCCAUUGGACAGCACUUUGGGACAUCGUGGCACUGGUCUUCAGGCUGACAUCUCUCCACACGGAGCCGUGGUUGAAGUCUCCCUAGGAAGUGAGAGGCCCAUUACAUUGAGAUCUCCGCCACUUUCUGGCUUUUCCAGCAGUGUGUCAUCAUCACCAGAGGAUAAAAGAUACUUCAGGCGAAAUGCCUCCUGCUACAAGACUCAGCCUGUGACAGCUAGUGAGAUCAAGGCUACAGAUAGCCUGGAGUCUGUGCGAUCCUUUCGCAAUUUGGUACUCAAGGAAGCUUCGUUGAGUAUAUUCAACAAGGAGGCCCCCAGGCAGGACCAAAUGGUAUACAGCAAAAAACCAGAGUUCCCGCAGCCUUACAGUCCGCCUUCAAAGAGCACUCGUCAGCAGCGGGAACGCCGGCGAACGCUGCCAGUUACAUCGGAAGAGUUGGAAGAGGCCAUUAAAAUGGAUGCCUCUGGUCAAAAGAGGGUGCCAUGCCCGGCCAGAACUGUUGACGCAAACAAAGACGAUGACGCUUUGGAUCCCAGCAAGCUUAGCGUGGCAGCAAAGGUGUCAAUGUUCAAGAAGUCAGGAGUGCUCGAUGCUCCGCGAAACGGGGCCGAGCGCAAGCGGCCGGCUCGUUUCACCAACAUAGCCGAACGCCGUUUGCGCUCCCAGACGCAGCCUGUCACUACGGAGGAAGUGCAGUUGGCUGCCAAGGAGAUCAAGGAUCAGGACAAGCAGCCUGAAGUCAAGGAGGAUGAUCUGUCGAAGAUGAGCCUCGCUGACAAGCUUAAGAUGUUCAACCAGAAGGUCACCCUGGAUGUGCUUACCCAAAAGCCACCUAUGCGAUCCAACAGCAUGCGACGAUCUUUGGGAUGCAAAUCUACCGAUGAACCAGCCGCACCUGCACCAGCUAUGCUUGGUGUUCCAGUCAGUCGUGCUCGCUCGCAUUCAUCUCCUCCAGAAGACCCAGUGCAGCCUACUCCUGGAGGCACCCCAAAAGGUAUUCUGAAGCCGCAAGCAGGCCCGCAGCCUGUUGUGAAAAGUAUACUGAAACAGGACCAACACCAGGAGGCCAAGGAAGAUGUCAAGGGCAUUUUGAAAACAGAGCAGGUUGUAGAUGCCGCACCAGCCACUCCCAUAAAGCCUAUUCUCAAGCCAGAGAAGCCUUCUGCCGACAAGGAGUCCCCGAAAAGCUCGGGCAGCGAGUCGUCCUCGGAAGAAGAGGAAGAGGAGUCGAGCUCCGAAUCAAGCUCAGAGUCAUCUAGUGAGGAAGGCAGUGAGACUGAAGACAAGAAAAAGAUUCUUCUGGGUGGUCAGCGUCAUCUGGUGAUAGCGCAGGGCUCUUCUCCACAAGCGUCCCGCAAGGUCAUAUCGAACCCGGCAGUCCAGAGAAAGCUCAAUGCUUCACUGCGCCGCAAGGAGGAAGAGCGGAGGAGUACUCAUGAAGUCCUUUCGUCUGAGACUCGGCUGCGCUCUUCUUACGCUGCGGCCAGUGACAAUGGAUUAAAGGAUGUGACCACGCGGGGCCUCUAUGCUCGUGAGAGCAACCGGACACAGCCAAUCACGCAAGAUGAGAAAACAACUUGCGGUGGAGGUAUUGCGCAAAGACUAGAGGCUCUGAGAAAGAGUGGUGAAGACUGGCAGAAACGAGUAGAGAAAAGCAAGCAUGAAGUAGCACCAUCUGAUAUCGGUGCUUCAUCACCAGUCUCAAAAAUCAUUGAGGUGCAGAAGUCUCCAUCAAUUGGGGAUCGAAAGAGCUGGCUGGAGUCUUCAUCGGAGUCCUGGCGGCAACGUAUCCAGGAGUCUGAUGCCUCCCAGUUUACAGUGGCUGGUAAGAUGGGCAUCUCGGAAUCUCCGACACAGCUCCCUGACCGUAAGAAGAGGAUGCCCAAGCCCGAGAAGUUCUCAGCGUCUCCGUCCUCCAAAGCAGAAGUUCUCCGUCGGAUUCACCAACAAGGGACACCAGUAUUGCCUACAAUAUUCAAGAGCAAGUCUAUGCCGAAUGCUGCAGAAGAACUGUCCCGCUUGAAAGCCGAGGAAGAAGAGAGGCCGCGCAUUCUGAUUCCGAAGGCUGACAACGAAACAUUCAGCUCAUUCUUUGAAAGCGUCCUCCCAUCAUCCAAAGAGGACAAACUUGAUAUCAGUGAAGAAGCUUUUGAUGCCAUUGUAUCUGACAAUGUCAAGCUUGGCCAGAGGAAACAGAUCAGUGUUCGCAGAAAAAGGCAGACCAAAGGCAACCCACUCAAGAAGCUCGCCUCUCGUACUGACAUUCAGACAGAGUAUGUUGAAGUACGCACAGAUGUUGCCGAGAAGGAGCUGAAACGAAUGAACAUUGAAAAAUUGGCCAAAACAUCAGAUUUGGCUCUCUCUGCUUUGGCGGGGCUGGCCAGUACGGAAGACUUUCGUCGAGUGCAGCUCAAGAAGUCGGAUGACACGAGCUCUUUGCUGCCCAACCGUGACCUCAUGUUGAUUCAGGUUAAAGGUCGGCGGCAUGUGCAGACGCGCUUGGUGGAGCCAUCCGUCUCCUCUCUCAACCACGGAGAUGUCUUUGUGCUCGUGACGCCUACUACUGUGUAUUGCUGGAUUGGUCGCCACAGCAAUGUCAUCGAAAGAGCAAAGGCGACUGAUGUGGCUCAAAGCAUACAAUUCAGGAAGGAUCUGCACUUCAAAGGGACCUCAGAGGUCAAGAUCAUAGAUGAGGAAAAAGAGGAAAACUCUAAAGAGGCCCAAGCUUUCUUCAAGCUGCUUGGGGGUACUGCUGAUGACUGCAACCCUGCUGGUGAUCCCGGUGAGGACUUGUGGUUUGAAGCAGCUGUUGUGGACACCAACAUGGUCUACACUGUGGAAGGAGAUGCCCUUGUUCCAUGCGACAAAUAUUGGGGCAUGCAGCCACGAGUUGAAAUGCUUCAGCCUGACAAGGCUUACGUGUUCAACUUUGGCAGUGAAGUGUAUGUGUGGCUUGGAAAGCUUGUUCCGAGUGAAAUGAGAGACCUCUCUGUCAGACUGGCUGAAGAACAGUGCAAGGCAGGCUUUGACUACUCAGACUGCGACAUCAACCCACUCUUUCCAAGAGCUGGAGCUGAGGAACAGAAAUCUAUGGCAAGUGAUGUACGACCCAACUGGACCUUGUUCGCCAAGGUUAACCAGCACAUGGAGCCUGUUCUCUUCAAAGAAAAGUUCCUUGACUGGCCAGAUGAUGCGAAACUGAUUCGUGUCAAAAACAAAGCCCAGGAAGAUAGCAAGGCCGACUCCCUUGAUUCGGAGCUAAAGCCAUGUGAUGCCAAGGAGCUGCUGGAAAGACGUCCCAAUGAGCCAGACCUUGAGCUUUCGGGAUCCCAUCUUGGACGAGGACUCGAGUACUACGACUCACUUGAACGCAGACAGUAUUACAUAAACACAAUAGCAAUAAAGGUUUGGCACAUAAUGGAAUAUGAGCACAAGACACUUCCAGAUUCAAGUUAUGGCCAGUUUCACAGCGGUGACACCUAUGUUGUUCGGUGGCAGUAUACUGUGUCUCAAACAGGACGCCACCUGUCCGGGCAGAGGUCACGGCACGUGGCCGCAGGGAGGGAGCGAUGUGCUUACUUCUUCUGGCAUGGCCGGGAUUCCACAGUUACCGAGCAAGGGGCUUCUGCCUUGCUCACCGUUGAACUAGAUGAAGAACGGGGACCUCACGUGCGUGUCUUGCAAGGUAGGGAACCACCCUGCUUUCUGAACCUCUUCAAGGGCAAGAUGGUUGUCUACAAUGGGAAACGUCAAGAGGAGGCCACUCACUCAGGAGAUUGGCGCAUGUUUGUGGUUCGUGGCGAGUGCCCCUUGGAGGCAGCUUUGGUGGAGACGCCUGUCGGAGUUCAGAACCUGCGCAGCCGUGGCUCUUUCCUGGUGCUGAGUCGCUCGACCGGCCGCUGUUAUCUGUGGCACGGGGCCAAGUGCAGCCCACACUUCGUGGAAGUAGCACAAGUUGCAGCAAAGGCUAUCGUGGAAGAAACACCAAAAGAGAUGUCCUUAUCGGAGGAUGUUGAGCUGAAACUAACGGAAGUGAAGGAAGGUGCUGAGGAGCGCGGCUUUUGGGAUGCGUUUGGAGGCGACAAAAAGAAGAAACAGCACCUGUUUGUCUCGCUUUAGACAGUGAGCACCCUUGAUUUCGAUUUCACGCCGAGGCUCUUUCACAUGACGCUGGUGUCCGGCACCUUUGAAGCCAACGAAGUGUUCUGCCCCUUUCAGAAAACUGAUGUGCCUUGUGCCUACCCAUUCUUGCAGUCUGACCUGUACAAUGCUCCGCAACCAGCUGUGUUUUUCCUCGACAACCGUCAUGAAAUGUACAUUUGGCAAGGCUGGUGGCCAGCCAAUGACUCCGAGACAGGCCUGCCUCGUGUCCCGAAUAGUUCCGAAAAAGUGCGGUGGAACACAACACGCCGUCUGGCCAUGGAAACGGCCCUGCACUACUCCCAAGAAACAAAUCCUAGCGAUCCCCCAAAGGUGUACCUGGUGUUUGCGGGCUUGGAGCCUGUGGAAUUCACCUGCCUUUUCCCAGAGUGGCAAGACAGGGAUGACAUUGCUACCAUCAACAUAAGAGAAGACAGAACUCACGGGGACCGACUUUCAGUCCAGGAGACUCUAUCUCAGCUCACCAAAACUCAUUACACGCUCAAGGAAUUGAAAUCUGUGCCCCUUCCUGAAGGUGUUGACCCAAAGAGACUGGAGUCUUACCUCACAGACGAGGACUUUGAGGAAGUGUUUGAAUGCACAAAGGCCAAGUUCUACGGGCUUCCAAACUGGAUGCAGAACAAGCACAAGAAACAGGCUGGCCUCUUCUGAGGUCCUCAUGAAAUUGAAUGUGAGCUUAGAAUUGGAGAGAUGCCACACGAGGCGUGUGUUGCGAACUGUGGUCUCUCCCUCUGCCAAUGGUGCCUAGCAGAAGACGUCCGCAACGUGUGGCUAAUGACUGUACAGAGAAAAAAAAAUGUGCGUGCGUUCUGAUAACUUCAUAUCUACUCUGCAGUUGUUCUCGAGAAGAGAACGCUGAAUACACGUAAGAAAGUCUGCUUUCUAUUCCGUUUAAGUUGCACGAGAGAUGUGGAGCUGCGAGAAUGCACGCUGCAAGCUUUCCCCGACGAAUGUGACAAAGGAGACUCCGAAAGGUGCAUCUGGCUGCCAACUCUGCUGCUUUCCUGCGCUGUCGCUGGAAGUGUGCGUUUGAUUUUCAUCCCCGUGCCGUUCCCACCCCUUGUCUGUGAUGUGAAGAGAUUUGCUCAUGUGUGUAGUCUUGCCCCCCUAACACACCCCUAGAUAAGGCAGUGUCUCAUGAGCACGUUGCUACAACCACCAAAUGUGAGCGUUUCUUUUUUUUCGUUGUUGUUGUAAGGUGUGUGGCAUGUCUUAUAUAUUUCAUAUUACCUUGUUCCGUGUCCUCCAUCUUGACUGCAUUUCCUCUUUUUUUAAAUCUAUACAUAUAUGUGGUCAUGCUUUUCGUAUUUAACGAGGUUGUAUUUACGUCGCAGCAUACAAGUUCCUCGCGGGGACAGGAUGUUCAUAAUUUUUAUUUACCUGUGAUCUUUCAGAUGCAUUGCACUACAUGUUAGGUGCAAUUGACUUGUCGUUUUAGCAUUUUUCUUUAUUUUAUAAAAGAAUGAAUAUUAUACUGAGGAAUAUGUGAGAAGUCAUAAAUGCAGCCUCGAACAAUAUAUCGUAGGCCCCUAGAAAGCCCAUGCAUCACCCGCUGAGGAACUAUUUGACACAAGGUCCUCUCUCCGACUUCUAAGUGUGGCCAGAGUAUUUUUGUACGUUACUUAACAGAGUGACAAAGCAUAUAGUGAUGUAUAUUUUAACAAGAAAUGUGAAGAAAUUGACAGCAAUAUACAAUGUGAGACAUCUGCAAUCUCUGUUCUUGCAGUUUUAGCUUUCUAACUGGCAGUGUAUAUACGAGAGAGAUAAUAUGCCUUGCCAUUUCGAUUUUCUUGUUUCGUUUUGUAAAGGCCUUUUGUUAAUAAUAUACUGGAAGCUCCUGAAUAUACACUGUUAACUUAUUUCGCAUCGAAGGAAUUUUUUAUUACAGGCAAUAUAGACAAAAAUUGCUUCUAGACUUCUGGUGAGAUCAUGUAAGAGAUAUGGCAUGUUAUUGUAAAUACACUUACAGCUGUAUAUUUUGCGCAAAGGUUAUCAUUCAGUGUUGUGCACCCUGCAGUCUGGUUGUGUUUGUAUAAUUUCUUUUUUGUACAUUGUGAAGUGACAGCCUCGAUGGGCAUGGAUGCAGAGUACGAGUCAGAAGAUUUUUAUCUUUAACCAGUGCAUUUUCUAGCGAAACAUGACAUAUGCAGUCGGCUAUUUGUCACAGGGUUAGUUACUUCCUUGGUAAAGAGCACUCGCGGUGCUGCGUUGAAAGUUUUUAUUCACUGCUUUUCGUUGAAGGGCAGUUCUUUUUGUUAUGCGCUUACAAAUCUGCUGGGAUUUGGCUGGCAAACAGCGUAAUAUAUUUUAGUGGAAUGCAAGUUUAAGUCAUGGGAAUAAGUGCCUGCAUACAUUUUCCUUAAGUUUUCCUUCAUAGAAUUCUCGCCACAAAAGUUCAUCUGGACAAGCCUUGUCUUGGCUUUCUGGUAGCAAUAUUGCAGGCUGCGAUAUUACUGAUGCAAGUCGUGAGAGUUUCUUUCGAUUGACUUGGUAUAUACAGUCAGUGUGGCAAGGGGCUUGACUAAAGUUUAUGUUCAUUUGUACUGCUGUGUAGAACCCUGCCGCAUUAUCGGUAACUUCAGGUGAAACAGGACGUACGCAUGAUUUGAAUGGAUGUUGUGUUGCUGCGCGCUGAUAUGUACCAUGGUAUCCAUCUGCUUUGUUCUUAAAUUUGAGAGAGCCUGUAAUAGCUUGCAGGUGCCUUUUCUAUACAGUUCUUGCAGUUUUCCAGGUACACAAUGAACCAUGCUUUGCAGUACAUGACGAUAGUUAUAGCGCGAGAACAAAGCGAUGACACAGAGGCAAGAAAGACACGAAAAAUACGAGCGCUUCUUGCCUCUGUGUCGUCGUUUUGUUCUCGCGCUAUAACUAUCGUCAUGCCAGUACCAACUAGCCCAAGCUGCCACACUUCUAAUUUGCAGUACAGUCGUGAAUGUGCAACCAGGGCAUUUUUACUUACCUUAUUCCAAGAUAGCUUACUUAAAGAAAGUGUCUUCAGUGUGCUGGCCUAAUCUAGAACCUGGUGGAGCACGACAUUGGUAUUUUUAUUAUGUAUUCCUUUUAAAAUCCUUUCUAUAUCAAAAGAAUGUUUUGUAUGAAACAGCAUUUGUACUGCUUACAAAUCAGUACCCUGUCACACAGCAAAUCUAACAUAAUUCAUAACGUAAAUGAUAAAUGAUAUAAAAAUAAAACAAUAUAGAUACAAUUUUAUUCACCUUUGUCUAAAUAUGAUGCAUUAAUCAUAAAUUAUUCCCAAUUGUGGCAGAUAUCAUUCUAGACAAAUUUAUAGAAGCUGCCAGUACAGUCAGGCCUAGAUCUGGUAGGCCAUAUGGCACAACGGGCAAUGGUUCUGGGAUUUGCCUCUACUGGAAAGGUGAAAAAAAAGCAUUGUGGAAGCAAAUCCGUGAAAGCAGCGGGGAAUAAAACAUGGCUGUCACAUCAUAAGUUGUACUAUUAUGACAAAGUAGACAGCCAUGCAGUGAAUGUACAGAGAAUUGCUAACAAUACAUAUGCAUUUGGAUCUACUUUAGUGCCAGUAAGGUAACGAUUAUGCAAUGAAGCACAGUACAUUAGCUUAUUCUUUUUUAAAAAUAACAAAUGUUGUCCUUCUGAUGAAGCUGAGCAGUGGUUUUCGGAGUGAAUGUGCAUCUGCAAUGCUGGGAGCUGAAUGCAAACGAGCUUUGCAGUUUGCAUUAGGCUUCUGUAGCUUUUCAGUUUGGAAAUGUCUUCAACUGAUGUGAUUGAGUUUUCUCACGUGAUGCCCAUGACAUAUUAUUUUGGGCAAAUGACAUUAGAUUUGCUGUGUGAUAGGGGUUAGCCAAAUGGCCAUGCAGUGUGUUGUGCGUGUGUUUCUUUCACUCUCUGUCGGACUUUAUAUAAAGAGAGUACGUUUUUAAGAUGAAAUUUACAUGUUACUAGCAUUUUUCUGUAAAUAAAGACUGGUCGCUGUGUGCCCUCUCUUCAUGUUGA